CAAAAGCUGGAGUACUUUGUUGCGUGAGUUGUUUUUCAGAGGAAAAGAACGUUGACAACAGCGAGUGCGCUUUAUCUACAGUGACAGGAAGUCGGCCAGUCAUCUUCAGUUAAUAUUGGGAGUGGAUCAUUUGUGGGAGAGAGGCUUAUUUUGAGGACGAAGAGCAAUUUUUUUCGCGUAUUUCGUGAACAACCUCAAAUUAGUCUGAGGGAAUCCAGAGAAGAAUGAAGGCAAUAUUAUUCGCGCUUUGCGCGACACUGGCUGUAACAACUGCCAGAGUGGUAAUUAAUUCGGAGGGACAGGAAACACCUCAUCUUUUAGGCUCUAAAGCCUGUACUUGGGGACCAUCAUAUUGGUGUCAGGAUUUGAAGUCUGCAGCAGGGUGCAAUGCUACGAAGCAUUGUAUUUCGAAGGUGUGGGAAUCAAUGACAGUUCCUGAGGACAAAGAUGAUGUCUGUGGAAUUUGCAAGGAUAUGGUGCAACAAGCACGCGAUCAAUUGGAAAGCAAUGAAACUCAAGAGGACUUAAAACUUGUUUUUGAAGGCAGUUGUGCGCUUAUCCACAUAAAGCCGAUUGUCGAAGAAUGCGACAAAUUGGUAGAUCAGUUCAUUCCUGAACUCGUGGAGACUUUGGCGUCCCAGAUGAACCCCUCUGUUGUCUGUUCCGUUGCUGGACUCUGCAACUCGGCUCACAUAGACAAGCUGUUGUUGGAAUAUCACAACACAAUGAAAGAAGUGGAUGAAAUUAAACCUAAAUCUUUGGCUAAUGAUGAACUGGAACCAGAUGAGUGCUCUAAGUGUUACACGAUCGCGACGCACAUGCAGGAUAAAUUCACCCAUACAUCUCGCGACAAUAUUUUGGAGAGGAUGCUCCACGUCUGCGGUCGUAUGGACUCCUACUCCGAUGCCUGCUCUUCCAUAAUCUUAACUUAUUUCAAUGACAUCUAUGCGCAUCUUCAAGAGAACUUCAACGCGGCCAACAUUUGUCAUUUGUCAGGCCAAUGCAGUGCAAAGUUCCACAAGCAUGAAAAUGAUGACGAUAAGAAGCCUUUGGAAGUUGAAAUUCGACCACUGUCCAGUGUGGGUAUGGUCGAGGUCAGUGAUGAUCUUCCUUGUAAAUUGUGUGUACAACUGGUAUCACACUUGAGGGAUCUUCUGGUAGCUAACACGACAAUGAACGAGUUCCAGAUAGUCCUCGAAGGACUUUGCAAACAGACUAGAUCGUUCGCCACAGAGUGCAAGGCGAUCGUCGAUGAGUAUUACAAAGAAAUUUACGUUUACUUAACAAUGGGACUGAAUGGCAAUGCCGUAUGUGAAAUGGCAAGUAUUUGUCCGGCUCCAGGCAACUCAGCUUUAAAUGGACCUAUUUGGCCACUAAUUCAUGAGAAACCAGCUCAGAUUGGACUUGAAAUUAUGAACAAGAAGAAACAGAAUCUUGGGGAAAAUGGCGCUGGAAUUAGAAAUGUACAUAAGAAUACGGAAGCAGAAGAAAUGCAACUUCCACUUGAAAGAUUCUAUGUGCCUUUCGGUAAUCUUGGAUUGCCACAGACUGGUGCUCAGGGCAAACAGACCUGCGCCUUAUGUGAAUACUUCUUACACUAUGUUCAGGAAGCUAUCACAGAUCCAGUUACGGAGAGUAAAGUGAAAAACAUUAUUGGGGAAAUUUGCGAAAAAUUACCAAAGAGCGUGCAUGGUGAAUGCCAACAAUUCGUAGACACUUAUGGCGAUGCUGUAGUAGCGAUCCUAGCCCAAGAAAUAGAUCCUUCUCAGGUCUGCCCGAUGAUUCAUGUAUGUCCAUCACAGUCCUUCUUGGAGGCUUGGGAGACAAUUCCUAAAGAGAUGGUGCUCGAAAGUGAUGUCAAAGAUAAGCCUAGUUGUCCACUGUGUCUCCUUGCUGUUACUCAAUUGUACAAUGUCAUUAAGGACAACAAAACCGAAAAUAGCAUACGGAACGCACUGUCCAAAUUGUGCAUUCAUUUACCUAACGACUUGUCUGAGGAGUGCAAGGAUUUGGUCAAGAUUUACAGCGACGAACUCAUCGAGCUGCUAAUUGCUGACCUUACGCCGCAGGAAGUGUGUGUAUACAUUAAGUUAUGCGAUCCUAGCAAAAACACUGGAGUGUCAGAUGAUUUGCCAAACGAAUUGGUUCCUACGAACUUCUUCCCGCUGGACAACGAUGGUGAAAUCAUGACAAAUGAAAUCCCCGACUUCCCACUACAUCCGGUUCCCCACAAGAAGGUGGCCGAUGAUACAAAGUGUGUCGUUUGUGAGUUCGUUAUGCAAUAUAUAGAAAAGUCUUUGAAGAAUAAGAAAAACAAGGAUGAAAUAGAAAAAGUUGUGCACGGCGUAUGCAAUUAUCUGCCUAAGACCAUUGCGAAUGAAUGUAAUGAUUUUGUUACGGAGUAUGCUGAUAUUGUCAUUGAUCUUCUAUCUCAAGAGGUUGAGCCCAAAGAAGUCUGCACAAUGAUUGGUUUAUGCCAAGCCGAUAUGCAGAAAAUCCAAGAAUCCGUUGCUGAGUGCGCUCUUUGUCAAGCAAUUAUAUCGGCCAUUGAUAAACUACUCGCUAAUCCAACCAUAGAUAAUGACAUUGAACAAGCAGUUGCGAAAGUGUGCAAGUAUCUUCCAGCUAGUAAACAAUCGAAGUGCACCAUGUUGAUGGAAGUUUAUGAGCAGAGUAUAAUAAAUAUACUGAGAUCCUAUGGUGACACCAAGAAGAUCUGUAGCAAGUUGGCACUAUGUUCUGCCAGUGAUUAUUUAGCGAUGUCUCAUUUAAAUCCCAGAAAACGACGUUCUUAUAGUUAUGGUCAAAAGCCUUGCACAUGGGGAAAAUCAUAUUUGUGUUCUACCGAUGAAGUUGCUGCCGAAUGCAAUGUUGUUGACUAUUGCAAGGAGAAGGUCUGGAAAGCGGAAUCUGCAUCUGCUGCAAACCAGAAGAUAGCAGUGUAAUACGAAGUGAUGAAGAUACGCUAUAAGUGUCCUAGCCAUAAUAAAUAAUCAUUUGCAAUUUAUAAUAACUAUACGACUAAUGUUUAUAAUAAUGCAACAUAACUACAGAUUAGUUGAAUAUAAAUAUUAUCCUAUCAACGCGAAAUUCAGGAUAACAAUGAGGAGAGCUAUUCAUGAAUGUUGUUUGGAACCAAAAAUUAUUCAUAGUGCGCAUAUGCUUAAUGCGAUGUAGGCACAAGAUCUGCUGCAAAUAAAUAUGAAUACCAUACUGUCCUUUAUAA